AUACUAAAAUCUUUUUAUCCAAUAAUACCUUACAAUUAAAAAAACAUACAUAAAAACCCACUUCCUAAACGCACACAGUAUUUCAAAAAAUAAAAGGAGAAAAUAAUUCCCAUUUCAUUUUUGUGAAAACCCUCGCCUCCACAGAAACCAAACACUGCGUAACAUUUGAGUAGUAAUUUCCUCCAUUUCCACACCAUCUUCUCUGAACAAAGCCGCCUACUCCUCACCGCCAUGGCCGUUGAGUCCGACCUCGACCUGGCUUUCCAACUCCAAAUUCAGGAGGCCAUGAAUGCCUCUCUCGCUCCCCAACCUUGUUCUUCUUCUUCUUCGUGCUUAGCUAGCUUCCUCGACGAAGAAAUCGCGAGGUUCGAGCAAGAGCACGGCGAUCACGAUCAUGCCGAGGCCGAAAUGAGGCGAAUACGCGACGAUCUCAGUCGUCGGAUUCAUGAUCAGGCCUUCGCUCGCGACAUGAGUCUAAUCUCCGAGGAAGAGUGGGUGAACACCGGCGAUCACUUCGUCAGACCCUACGGCGAGGGUUCUUCGUCUUCGUCUUCUGUGGGGGUUUCUAAUGCGGAGGCUUUCAGGCUUUACUUCAAGGGUUUGGUUAGAGAGGAGAGAGUCGGGGGAGGUGUGAAGAAAAUGUCGGCGGGUAUUGGAAUCGCCAUUUGCGAUUUGGGAGACUAUCCGAUUUUUGAGUUGCGAAAGCCUUUGUUUGGUUGUGAUGAAAUGAGCCACCAAGUGGCGGAAGUGAAAGCUCUGAUUGAAGGCCUCAAUGUCGCUAUCAGUUUGGGUAUCAAGCGAAUUACCAUAAUAUGUGAUGACAAUUCGGUCUACCAAUUCGUUACUGGCAGAGCCAUGCCAAUGCAGGGAAAUUUAGCUGCCUUUCUUGGUCAGGUGACACUUCUCCAAAGAAAAUUUUCAUAUUGCAGUCCCUCUCUUGUGGCGCAGAAAGAUAUUAAGUUUGCACUCAAACUUGCAAGUGAGGCAAUAGUUUCUCAGGUCACCUGUUCGGCAGAAAGCAGCCCUGUCAAAAAUAUGAAGGAAACUUGUUCAAUUUGUUUGGAAGAUACUGAUGUUUGUCAGAUGUUUUCUGUUAAUGAUUGCCUGCACCGCUACUGCUCUUCUUGUUUGAAAAAACAUGUAGAAGUGAAGUUACUUCAAGGGAUGCUGCCGAAAUGCCCUCAUGAUGCAUGCAAGACUGAGCUGAAAAUUGAGAGCUGCAAAAAUUUCUUGACAUCAGAAUUAUAUGAUCUUAUGAGCCAACGUAUAAAGGAAUAUUCCAUUCCCGCGACACAGAAAAUUUACUGCCCAUAUCCUAGGUGUUCGGCAUUAAUGUCGAAAGCUGAGGCUUUAGUAAAUACUAAUAAUGCAGGAGCCAGCAUGUGCGAGAGAUGUCGUGGCCUGUUCUGUAUGAGCUGCAAGGCCCCUUGGCACAGUAACGUCAGCUGCAAUGAUUACAAAAUUUUAAAUCCUUACCCAUGUGCAGAAGAUGCAAAGCUGAAUUCUCUUGCAAGGAGGAAUCUCUGGCGCCAGUGUGUGAAGUGCAACCAUAUGGUUGAACUUGCAGAAGGUUGCAACCACAUUUAUUAUGUGGUUACGAGUUUUGCUACAUUUGCGGGGCUGAGUGGAAGAACAAGAAAGCUACAUGUAGGUGUCCUCUCUGGGAUGAGCGCAAUAUCGUAUAUGAUCAGCCGAAUAGGCAUCAACAAAGACUGGGAUGAUAAGAAAUACCCUGCUCUGAUCCAGAGUGUCAAUGAAUGGCCGUAAGAUAUGUUUGUAUAUAUAUAUACAUAUAAGCUUAUAUUUCCUACUUUCCUUUAAAAGAAAAGAGAAAAUUAGAUGGUAGUAUUGAGUUUUUUAUGUUGCAAUGGAUCAAUAGUUGAACCAUUUAGGAAGCUUUACUUUUGUUCUAAUGUUGGUACAAACCUCGAUUCUUAUAUACAAGAGGCUUUGGAACUUAUGUUGAAAGUAUCUUUUACUUUUUUGGUAA